UACCCUACAGCGUAGGAACACUGCAGAGUGUAGCUGGUCACGUACAUGUACAUGCGGCCUUUCAGCGCAAUAUAAAUAUCUGCAGUCACUGUUCGUGAAAAUUAAUAAGGCAAGUACUUGCUAAAUUUUCAUUAGAGAAACAUAGGUAUGCAUUGAUACACGUGGGAAGCGCCUUGUCAUAAAGAAUUUCUCACGGUUGGUGUGAGCAUGGAGACCUUCCUCCAUGGUGUGAGAUCACACGAACGAAUUCGCCGACUGACGUAACCCUUUGUUGAUUGUAAUGAUUUGGGGUGGCCGUCUAUCCAGCAGUAUUUAGCGCUACACAUUGCUCUAUGAAUGGACGAUGGAGUAAGGAACGAUUGACCUACCAUCUGCUCCUGUGAAUCCAAUUCACCUGUCGUUGCACCAUGUCUACGUUGAUCUACCUUGGCGUGCUUCUAUUGGCGGGAUGUUUCCUUAUCCCUACUGGACAAGCCGGUUUGAAUCCAGAUCUUCGUGAUAUUCCUCGGUUGAAUUGGCAGUAUAAGACUGCACUAGAAUCCAAUGACAUCGAUUCGAUUCUGGAGCUGUACGCAGACAAUGCUCUGAUUCUCCCAAAUGGACAUCCGGGCUUCGUGGGAAAAAAUAAAUUGGCAAGCAGCUUGAGAUCGUUACCCUCCGUGGGAACGAUGGAAUUCAACAUUAGGUAUUUGGAUUUUAUCAACUGGAAUAAUGGACUGGUCUUGGAACUGAUAUCACACACCGCGUGGGACGAUCAGGGAAACGUCAUUUUCAAGGGAAAGACCCUACUCUUGUGGAAAUGGACUGGGACUUGGAAGAUAGUGCUUCGGAUGAUUAACAGUGACCAAUAGAAUCAGUAACGUCACCUACAGAAAACCCGCCGAUAAACUUUUUUUUAUCUCAGAUAAGAAUAUGACACACAGGUGUGAAAAUCGACUGCAUUGUUCACUCGGUUCCUAUAGGUGGACUGAUACUUUUAUGAUCCACUUAAAUUUUCAGUCCUUGAUUUAGACCUUAGAAUUGACCAUGUUUUAUGAGCAUUAAGUGUUCAGUACAGUUGUGAUGGUUAAGAGAAACACGUUACAGCAUUAGAGGAGUACAUUUGUCAAAACGGAAAAUGCUGAAUAAGAGGAAAUGGUGCUGUGAAUAUAUUUCAGCUAGUUGGGCUAUAAGGUGUUCGCCUUUGGAAGCUCGAAAUAUCUACGAUAAGACUUAAACUGGAAAAAGAACACAUCCUUAAAAUUACAUGGAAUUCCUAGAAUCUCUCUACAUUUUUAACACGUAUUAACUAGCCUUUUCGG